AUGAAUUCGACGGAUAACCAAUCUGCCACGGCUGGUCUGGGUAAUGCCGACCAGCCGUCGACUCGGAAUGGCGGCGUGGAAGAUUCCCAGCAGGACUUCGACCGAUCGGACGAGACGUUGCAGUCACAAACACAAGCACAAACACAAAUGCCUACACCUGCAGUAGCAAACGACAAAGUCGAUACUCGCACGACGACUAAGCAUGCACCCAUGCCAAUCGUUGUCCCUGACCUGUCCGAGGCACAAGCAACCCUGCGUCAAGCGUUCCCCCACGUUUACACCUCCUCGCGUACCCCCUCCACCCGUUCCUCCUCGAGCUCGCUACAGGCGCUGAAUGAGAAUACCGUGGUCGAUGCCCGCACGCAACUGGGUAAUAUUGGACGGAAUUCACGAAGGUCAUCCCGGCAUUCGGACCAACAGCCGGAAUAUCCUGUCUAUCCAGAUCAAUCAUAUGCCUCCCUCCAAUCACAAAUCCAUCCAACUUGGGGGCUGCCACCACAUCUACGGUCGCGGAGCACCUACUCGACGCCGACCACCACGGAGUCCUUCCCUCUCUUCCCCCGCGUCUCUCGUACCGCGGGCAACACCCCCGUGUCCAGCCCCGGACUCUUCUCAAUGAGAAGUCCCCGUUCGACGCCACUGGGCUCCGAGGACGAAGGCUUGAUCAGCAGCCCUUAUCUCCAUCCCUCACACUUGCAGCCGCCCAAGGAAACCCACACCGCCGAAGUGGAUCGUGACUCCAAGACGGGCAACAAGCUCAUCAACCAGUACGAGAUUCUCGAGGAGCUUGGACGGGGUGAACAUGGCAAGGUUAAACUGGGUCAGCAUGUGACAACGAAGCAAAAGGUGGCCAUCAAGAUCGUCCAGCGAUACUCUAAACGCCGUCGUCUCGGCAAAUUGGGCAACGCGGAAGACAAGGUGAAGAAGGAGGUGGCUAUUUUAAAGAAGGCACGGCAUCCUAAUGUCGUGAGUUUGUUGGAAGUCAUUGAUGACCCAAACCGGCAAAAGGUUUACAUCGUGUUAGAGUAUGUUGAGAACGGCGAAAUCGUUUGGCGGAAGAAGGGACUCCGAGAAAUCAUUCAUGUCGACAAGCUCCGACUGGACCGUGAGAAGAACGGAGUUCCCGACACCCCGGCCUUCUUGGAAGAAAGCAAGCAGUUCAUCCUAACGGCGCAACACCUUCGUCGACAACGCGAAAAGGCGCGAGAGCGUAUUGAAGCGCAGGCCGCCGAUGCCCAGAAGGGCCCCAUUCCCGGAUGGAGUUUGGAACACGGUGCAGAGUCAUCAGACGAGGAAGAAGGAGACGGACUCGGGCUCACGAUGCGGCGGACGUCUACCCGAUCCAACCGAUCCACUGCGGUUGUGGAUGAGAGUUCGCCCAGUCAGUCCUCCACUCAGGACGCCUUGGCUGCAGUUGAAGGCAGUAUGUACGGUGCCUACAUGGAUUAUUCCUUUGAGCGGCGCUUCAGCACGGCAUCCAGUAGCUUUGGGUACGCUCCGUCUGAACCCGAGUGGUCUGCAGAUACAGACGACUUGUCAUACGUCCCUUGUUUGACCAUUGCCGAAGCUCGCAAUGCGUUCCGCGACUCUGUCCUUGGUCUGGAGUAUCUCCACUACCAGGGUAUCAUUCAUCGUGACAUCAAGCCGGCCAACCUACUGGUCACUAGCAGCCAUCGUGUCAAGAUCUCCGACUUUGGCGUCUCUUACCUAGGACGGCCGAUGCGUGAUGAGGAAGAAGAGCAGGUUGCCGAGACUGAUGCUGCCGAGUUGGAUGAUGCUCGAGAGUUGUCCAAGACUGUAGGUACACCUGCCUUCUACGCUCCGGAGCUCUGCUAUACUGGCGACGAAUUCGUGGACGACAUUGGAGCGGUUCCUAAGAUCACCGGCGCUAUUGACGUCUGGUCCUUGGGUGUAACAUUGUACGGCAUGAUUUUCGGUCGUCUCCCUUUCCUCUCCGACGACGAAUACAGCAUGUUCCAAACCAUUGUGAAGAAGGAGGUCUUUGUCCCCCGAAAGCGCCUCAUGCCUGUCUUGGACGACACUGUCUCCGUUUCUAGUCAACGCAACUACCGUGAAGUCGAUGAGCUUGUGUACGAGGAUAUCGAUGAUGAACUGUAUGACUUGCUCCGACGCCUUUUGACCAAGGACCCAAUCAAGCGAAUCACGCUGAAGGAGAUCAAACAUCACCCCUGGACCUUGUAUGGUCUGCCCAACCCCCAGGCCUGGGUGGAAGAGACCGACCCCGGCUACCAGAGCAAGGGCAAGAGGAUUGAGGUCUCCAACGAGGAAGUCACCAGUGCCGUCAGUAAGGUUCCUUUCAUCCAGCGUGUGCGAUCCAACGUGGCGAAGUGGUUCUCUGGCCGGUCCAAGGACAAGGAAGGUCGCAAGCGCAGCUCCAACAAUUCAUCCGACACCUUGUCGUCAAUCUCAACCACUAGUACGUUCGGAAAGACGUCGCGUGAUAGCCGUCGUUCAAGUCUCCGUGGCGACGAGGAAAUCUUCCGGACAUCCAAGUUCGCCAUUCACGGAGAGCACCCUCUCGCCCAGAGCGUCACUGCUAGCCCGGUGGAGGAGGGAGCACCGUGGAGUUCUUAUUUCGACCCCACACCUCUUCCCGAGAUCAAGCCGAAUGCCCCUGCCCCUGCCCCAACCAUGCCAACCCGACCGGGUCCUCCUCGUCGUGCCAAAUCAUCCAUGUCUACUGCCGAAUCGACCAAGACUGUCAAGCAGUCCGCCGCCGAGCCUCAUAAAUCCCGCCCACGAACAGGGACACCUUCUAUUAUCGAAGCCCUGGGUACGACUAACUUCGGGAAUCUCUUCACUGGUGCCAGUCGGCGUGUCUUCACUACUAGCCGCAGCAGACGCGGUUCGCCAUCAGGCGAUUCAGCAUCUCUGGCAUCCUUGAAUGCGGAACGACAUUCAGGGCCAAGUCUCGCUUUGAGUAAUGCCUCCGCAAUCGGCCAGGUACGGACAACGGGUCUGUGGCACUCCCAAGUUCCUUCGCCUAUUGAAGGCGAAGAACCUGUCACAGCACACCGACGAAAUCGCUCCCAGCAGCUCAUUGGCAAGUCCUCCGCAGAGUCUUUCCACCUCACCAUGGACGCUCUUCUCCGCCGCCGGCGGAGCGACAUCGAUACCGGUGCGGAUGAGACUCACGCAUUGGCCAAUCGCGUCGACUACGCUAUGUACUCGACCGAAUCGCUCGCGCUCCCUACAGCAGUCCCUGCCCCUGCUCAGGCUCCCGAACCAGUGUGCCCCAACGACGCUCCAAACAGAGGCCUCACCAACUCGACACCGUCUGCAGCCACCAUCUCCUCUUCCUCGGCUGAUGACUUCACCAGCGGCAUGUCCCAGAGCGCGUCCCACCCGAGCAUUCCGUCUGUCAUAUCUGGUGCCUCAUCUCUCUCCGGCGAUGGGUUGUACCUAGGAUCCAGAGAUAAAGAUGCGGAUGACUCCAGCCAAGUCCCAUCAAUUCUGCGCACGGGCGAGACUGUCAAAGCUCGCCGGCUAGGCUCACCCCGACCAGAGGAAGAUGAAUCGAGGUACUACUGCGACGAUGAGGACGAGACCGAGUCUGAAGACGAAGGACUCGUGAUCGGCAGGAAGAACCCAGCGCCUAAGCCUGUGGCAAAGCCUACUGUUGGCUCAUAA